AUUCAGAAUAAUAAGAGAAUGGGAGCAAGAGGAUGUUCUCUUUGAUUAAAAUCAGCGGUUAACGGUAGAAAGAACAAAAAUGAGCAUUACUUGAAACUUUUCAUUCGUAUUGUAUUUGAUUUUCUUUAAAGGAUUAUAUACACAUUAUAUCUAAUAAAUGUGUAGCCUUGGUAGUUGGUGACUCUCCCUUUAUCGUUACAUCCUAUAGGCUGAUUCAUACCAAAAUAACAUCUGGAUACUAACAGACAACAAUUCAAUCAAGUUCUUAUUCUCUUUUGUAAUUGAAAAUGGGUUCACGAUCCACUUGUGAUAUUGAAGAUGAAGUAAGAAAGGCAAUAAAGGAUUUUAGAUUUCGAAAAAGUAAGAAAAAUGCUGCUCUAAUAAUUAAAGUUAACCGUGAAAAACAGACUGUUUGUGUCGAUGAACUUAUAGAGGAUGUUGAAAUUGAUCAAUUACAAGAAAUAAUACCAAGUCAUGAACCCCGAUAUAUUGUUUACAGUUAUAAAAUGGAGCAUUCAGAUGGAAGAAUAUCGUAUCCAAUGUGCUUUAUAUUUUACACUCCAAGAGAUAUUCAAAUGGAGUUACAAGUACUUUAUGCAAGUAUGAAACUUGUAUUACAAAAUGAAGUAGAACUCACAAGAUGUUUUGAAGCAAGAGAAUUAGAGGAAUUGACUGAAGAAUGGCUUAAAGAAAAAUUAGAAAGAUAAAUUAUCUAUAUGUCUAAGUGAUAAUAUUUUAUAUAAUAAUUUGAAGAUUUUACUGCUUCGCUUCUACUUUAUAUAUAGAAAUAGAAAAUAAUUUUUUUAAUGGCAAAGUCAUUUUUAUACAAAAAAAAUUUUUAUUAAAAAUAUUCCUAAAUUAUACAAUCAUUUAUCAACGAAAAUAUUUGCUACAUUGAUACAUUUUUUGUAAAAAAUUUGCAUUUUUAAAUAAUGGUAUCGUUAAAGCGAAAAAUUCCCUUAAUUAAAAUGGUUCUUUUCAAUAUUUAGAUUAAUGUAUUUUGCAGUAUUCAUUUAUUCAAUAUUCGUUAUUUAAAAUUUUGUAAGAGGCAUUUUAUACUGGAU